UCAGUUGCUAAAAAAAAAACAUAGCCGCAUCAGUGAGAAGCAAAAUUCCGAAACCAAUACUAAUCUAACAAUAUCUCGGUUGUUUUCACAAAAGAAAUCCAAUCCUCAUCCGAGAGUUGGCUUUAAUCAUAAGUCUUUACUUUCUCUCUGCAUUCCUCUGCUAUUACACGUUUUCUUCUCUCUCCGUUUCCACUUUCUUUUUUGUUCUUAUUUGUUGCUUAACGAUGGACUUUCGCUAGAUCUCUUCUCAAUUCCUCUUGUUUUUGAUAGGCAAUGGCGUUGAAGCGGGGAUUAUCCGCUGCCGGUAGCCACAGGAACCGAGGCGGAGGCGGUGGAUCUAGAUUGCCUAUUGCCCUUGUCAUUUUCUUUUCUGUUCUGGCGCCGUUGAUUUUCUUUGUUGGCCAAGGUCUCUAUACAAGUGCUUCUAUUGAUCAAAGUAAAAUUCCAGUUCUUUUUAAUAAGCAGGACUUGGAUUGGAGAGAACGGCUGGCCUUGCAAAACAUUAAAUCCCUUCUCUCAAAAGAAGUCAUUGAUGUUAUCACAGCCAGGACAACAGAUUUGGGGCCUUUAAGUCUUGAUUCUUUCAGGAAAAACAAUUUAUCAGCUUCAUGGAAAGUUAUAGGGGUAGAGACGCCUGUCACCACAUCUGAGCCACAAAGAACAGCAAGAGUCACUAAGCAAGAAGCACCAAGGGGCAAAGGGGACGACAUCUCUGAUGAUCAUUCUCAAUUCAUUGACACCCCUGCAAAACUAGCUCGAAGGCAAUUGAGAGAAAAAAGACGGGAAAAGCGUGUGGCUGACUUGGUGCGGCAAGAUAAUGAAGCGAUUUUAAAGCUUGAAAAUUCAGCCAUUGAACGCACUAAAUCAGUUGACACUGCAGUUCUGGGAAAGUACAGUAUAUGGCGGAAAGAAAAUGAGAAUGAGAACUCUGAUUCAACAGUACGCUUAAUGCGGGAUCAGAUGAUAAUGGCAAGGGUAUAUAUCAGCAUUGCAAAGAUGAAGAACAAGCUUGACUUGCUCCAUGAACUACAGAUUCGGCUCAAGGAGAGUCAGCGUGCCCUAGGAGAGGCAAUGGCUGAUUCUGAUCUGCAUCACAGUGCACCUGAGAAAAUGAAAGCUAUGGGCCAAGUUCUGUCAAAAGUGAGAGAACAAUUGUACGACUGCAAGUUGAUCACUGGAAAGCUCAGAGCGAUGCUUCAAACAGCAGAUGAGCAAGUUAGGAGCUUAAAAAAACAGAGCACAUUCCUGAGUCAGUUAGCUGCGAAAACGGUUCCCAAUGGAAUUCAUUGCUUGUCUAUGCGCCUAACAAUAGAAUACUAUCUCCUUCCUCUAGAGAAGAGAAGGUUCCCUAGAAGUGAGAAUUUUGAAAAUCCUGAUCUUUAUCAUUAUGCUCUCUUCUCUGACAAUGUCCUGGCUGCAUCAGUAGUUGUCAACUCAACCAUCAUGAAUGCCAAGGAUCCUUCCAAGCAUGUGUUCCAUCUUGUUACUGAUAAGCUUAACUUUGGAGCUAUGAAUAUGUGGUUUCUAUUGAACCCUCCUGGAAAAGCCACUAUCCAUGUUGAAAAUGUUGAUGAAUUCAAGUGGCUUAACUCAUCCUAUUGUCCAGUUCUGCGGCAGCUUGAGUCUGCUGCAAUGAAAGAGUAUUACUUUAAGGCAAAUCAUCCAACCUCGCUUUCAUCCGGUUCUUCAAACUUGAAGUAUCGGAACCCAAAGUAUCUUUCAAUGCUGAACCACCUGAGGUUCUACCUUCCACAGGUCUAUCCCAAGUUAGAUAAGAUCCUGUUUCUCGAUGAUGACAUUGUUGUUCAGAAAGAUUUAACUGGAUUAUGGUCAGUAAAUCUGAAUGGAAAAGUGAAUGGGGCAGUGGAAACCUGUGGUGAAAGCUUCCAUCGGUUUGACAAGUACCUAAACUUCUCAAAUCCUCAUAUUGCAAGAAACUUUGAUCCAAAUGCUUGUGGGUGGGCAUAUGGGAUGAAUAUUUUUGAUCUUAAGGAAUGGAAAAAGAGGGAUAUCACUGGCAUAUAUCACAAGUGGCAAAACAUGAAUGAAGAUAGGGUACUUUGGAAGCUUGGAACAUUGCCUCCAGGCCUGAUUACAUUUUAUGGUCUGACACAUCCACUUGAGAAGUCAUGGCAUGUGCUUGGUUUGGGUUACAAUCCAAGCGGUGAUCGGUCAGAUAUUGAAAAUGCAGCAGUUAUCCACUAUAACGGCAACAUGAAGCCAUGGUUGGAGAUAGCAAUGACAAAGUACCGGUCAUACUGGACCAAAUACAUUAAGUAUGAUCAUCCAUACCUUCGAAGCUGCAAUCUAAGUGAAUGAGAAUGCAACUAGGAUACAACCCAAAUGGUCUUCCUGUCUCUCUGUGCAAAAUUAAAGGUCAGUUGAUUGAUUAAGCACACGAGAAGGAAUUCAGUUGAAUUUUCUGUACUGCAAUUCCUUCUUAUCCCACAUUGUUUAUUCUUCUUUGUAAUUCAUUAAAUUUGUUUGCACUACUUCUCAUCCAUUUGAACUAGGUGAUAGAUAAUAUGCAUUGAUGAGCUGUAAAAAACCCUACGAUGUAGUUCUUUUCUUCCCCUCUCUCUCUAUAUUUCUUCACAGCCAUGUUCACUUUUGGACGGGAAUAGUCUUCAUGUAAAUGUGAAUGUUAUGUAUUCUUUUGACAAUGAUCUGCUAAUAUCAUGAAAUUUCUGCCUUCCAA